AAAAUCGAUAUUUUAAUAUAUUCGUGUAUUUUUCUACAUGGAAGCAUAACAUCUCGAAUGAGAUUUCAUUGAUUUUUAGAUAUAAUUUUGUUACAAAUUUAUAAAACAAAAUUUUAAUAUGAAAUAAAUAAAUAAUAAUGCUUGGAACUGACAAUCUAGAAAAUUUUCAUGAAGCUGACCGAGAAGAAUUCGAUAUUGAUGAUGACGACGGGGACGAUGUUGAAAGUGAAUUUAAGAAGUUAGAAAAAUUUAUUUAUGAACAUGCACCGUCUCCAGAAAAUUGGUAUCAUGGUAUACUAGACAGGCAAGAUGCAGAACAGCGUCUUUUAGUUAAAAAUAUACCUUGCUCAUAUCUUAUACGCGAAAGUGAUAGAAAACCUGGUAUUUAUUCUUUAUCAUAUUUAAGUGCUACAAAUUCUAUUAGUCAUUUUCGAAUAACUGCAAUUUGUGGUGAUUACUACAUUGGAGGUAGAAAGUUUCACUCUUUACAACACCUUGCUGGAUAUUAUUCAACAUAUGGCUGUCUUAUGAAAAAUGAAAAAUUAAAAACUCCAAUUCCACCAUCCGAAACAGUUCAUUUGGGAUAUAGAGUUGUUGCUAGAUUUCCUUUUCAAGGCAGUCCAGAUACAGAUGAACUCAGUUUUAACAUUGGUGAUGUAUUUUCAGUGCAGAACAUUUUAGUCAAUGAUUGGUUUUGGGUAGUUGCUCAAAAAGACAAUAAAAGUGGAUUGGUUCCAAAAGCUUUAGUAGAGGAUUUAGAUUCCACAACUGAUCCAUUUGAAGGUCAAAGAUGGUUUUGUGAUGUAAAUAAACAGGAUGCACAAACAAUCCUCAUGAAUUUUGGAGCAGUUGGUGAUUUUUUAAUUCGUCCAAGUGAAAAUCGUGGAGAUUAUUCAAUAUCUUUAAGAGAUCAUGCUGGUGUUUCAAGGUUCCUUAUCCGAAGACAAGGGAGACAUUUUGUUAUAGGUGGAAGAUCAUUUGAUAGCAUUGAAGCAAUUAUUGCAAGAUACAAUACUGAGCAACUUUCAGAGGGAGUUUCACUCAAACAACCAUUAGAUAGAAGCAAGUAUGAAUCAUUCUAUCACAACUUUAAAAAAAAAACAUCUAAUGAAACUCCUGUACCAAAUAUUCCACGGUUAAGUAUCAAGGAUAGUGGUUCUGAAGAGUCUAAUAUAACAAAAAGUGGUUUUCUAAUUAAAAAAGGCAGUCGCAACAAAUGGAAGCGUCUUCAUAUGGUACUUAAGGGGGAAGAACAGCAACUGCUCUAUUUUGAAAAUGAAAAAAGAACAAAACCAAAAGGUUUGUUUGAUUUGACUUAUGCAUCUGUUUAUACUGUUCAUGAAAGUUUAUUUGGAAGGCCAAAUUGUUUUCAAAUUGUUGUGCGUGCAUUGAAUGAAACACAAACACAUUUUUUAUGUGCAGAAACAAGUGACUCCAGCCAGGAAUGGUGGGAUUGCAUCACACUUUACUGUGGAACCAUGAAAAACAACAAACAAAGUUCCAAAGCUGUGAAAGAAUUACGUAGUCUGCAGCUGACUGUCUGUCAUGGUCAAAAAAUACCUGUCAACAAGCUUCCACAUCCUUAUUGUAUUAUUUCACUAAAUGAUGUUAAAACUUGCAGAACAAAAUCACAAGAAGCACCUGAACCAGUUUACAAUGAAUCUUUUACUUUUGACGACUUACCAGAAGACAUUACUUCAUUUACAAUACACAUGUAUAACAGUAAAACUGGACCAUAUAAAGAUAAAGAAAUGGGUAAGGCUACUGUAUAUUUAAACACAAUAGAGAAUGGCAGAACAUUAGAUCAGUGGUUUGUAUUGAGUUCACAGAACCACAAAUCUGACAUGGGAAGCAUUCGCAUUACAGGAAAAUUUGUGCAUGAAAUUAUUAUGCAAGUAGAAGAUUAUGAAAGCCUUCACAAAGUUUUGUUAAACAAAGAUUAUCAAAUUGUUCAGUCUCUUGGUGAAGUAUGCAAAGACCUUAAUAGUCUUGCAUAUACCCUUCUUCGCAUUUUCAGGCAAGAUAACAGUGAGAUUAAUCUUAUUCAAACAAUUGCAACCAAAGAAAUGAAUCAACUAGAAAAAAAGGAAACUUUAUUUCGAGGCAACACAUUAACCACCAAACUGAUGGAUCAAUAUAUGAAAAUGAUAGCAACACCUUAUCUUCAGCAAACAAUAAAGUCUGUUAUUCUCAAAAUUAUGGAAAGCAAGCAAUGUUGCGAGUUAAAUCCAUCACAAGUUGAGAAGGGUUCAAAUGUUGCCGAAAAUCUUCAACAACUAAUAAAGUUUUUAGAAGAAAUUACGAGCAAUAUAUUUAGUUCAGCUAGCAGUUGUCCUAAACAGUUACGCUACUUGUUUUAUUGCUUACAAACUGCUGCAAAAAAAAACUGGCCAAAUGAGUCAAACAUUGGUACGCGAGUUGUCAGUGCAUUUCUGUUUCUUCGUCUUAUUGUACCAGCCACUUUGAAUCCAAAAAUGCAUAAUUUAGUUCAUGAAUCACAAUCUCAAAUGUCGGCAAGAACUCUUACACUUGUUGCUAUGUGUCUUCAAAAGCUUGCAAACCUUGUUGAAUUUGGUGCAAAGGAACCUUAUCUUGUUGUUGUUAAUCCUUUCUUGCAAAAGUAUCGUUCAAAAAUGAUUGACUUUCUUGAUGAAAUAUCUAGUCAAAUAACUACUCCUCCUCAAGUUGUGGCUGUUAAACAAAACCUUGCGCGAGAUCUUGCAUCAAUCCAUGAUAUAUGUGUUAAAUAUGAACAUGAUUUGCAAAAAUUAAGUCUUUCUCGUGCUAAUAUAAAGAUUUUACUGGCGAUCGUAGAAGGUGUUAAGCGAAAAAAAGAACAAUAUAUGAAAGAAUCGAAAAUAGUCUGUGAUGAAUUUGCAGUUUAGGGACACUUUUUCAAAUUGCAUAUUUUCAAAAUGAUUUUACAAAUGGUGCUGUUGAUGGUAUUUAUGGUGUUAGAUAUUUUUCAAUGUUAUCGGGUGUUUUUACGGUUAUAUAUCAACUUUAUAAUUAGUAUAUAACACUAAAUACUUUAGAAAGAAACUUAAAUUAUAUAUUUUUUAAAAAACUAGACGUAGUAAAAUAAAUAAAAGUACUCGUAUAAUACGUCCUACGAUUUGCCAUACAAUUAACAUUUUUUUAAUGUCUAACUUUUGGUUGUAGCGUAUAACGGAAUAUAUAUAACCAAAUAUUAUGUACUAUAUUACUGAGAAUAUGACCUAGUAUAUUACAAAGAUUAUUAAGCUGUAUUUAUUAGAUUGGGCUUAUGUUUUAUAUUUUGUUUGCAUUUUUAUAUAUUCAUUUUUUUUUACUUUUGCGUUUUUAAAUUAUUUUUGUAAUAAGUAUGUGAAUAUAAAUUAUUACUUUUAGAAAUUCUAUAUUUUCUACUGAAAUUGUCAUCAAAUUGUAUUUCGGAAUUUAUAGAAAUGCGAAAUAUUUUUGAA